UUUUGUCUAUAACUUUUUUUCCAUCAACCGAACAUCUCUCAGUGAAACCAUGGCUCCUGCUGAUAUUGUAACUGCCGCAACCAACGUCACCGACGCUCAAUCGAAGACCGCAAAACGUGCCUUUGUCACAUUCCUUGCCGGAAAUGGUGACUACGUCAAAGGUGUUGUUGGUUUAGCCAAAGGUCUCCGUAAGGUGAAAGCCAUGUAUCCUUUUGUGGUUGCAGUGUUGCCUGAUGUUCCGGCGGAACACCGGAAUAUUCUCAUCUCACAAGGUUGCAUUGUUAGAGAGAUCAAGCCUAUUUAUCCACCCGAGAAUCAAACACAGUUUGCUAUGGCCUAUUAUGUGAUCAACUACUCCAAGAUAAGUCUUUGGACUCUUGAGGAAUAUGAGAAGAUGGUUUUUCUUGAUAGUGAUAUGCAACUAUUUGAAAAUAUUGACCAUUUAUUUGAGUUGCCUAAUAACUAUUUCUAUGCUGUGAUGGAUUGUUUUUGUGAGCCCUCAUGGGUUCAUACUAAGCAAUAUGAAAUUGGUUACUGUCAACAAUGUCCUGACAAGGUUCAAUGGCCUAGUCAUUUAGGUCCCAAACCAAAUCUUUACUUCAAUACUGGUAUGUUUGUUUAUGAACCUAAUAUGAAUACUUAUCGUGAUCUUCUUCAAAAACUUCAAGUCGCUAAACCAACUUCCUUUGCUGAACAGGAUUUUAUGAACAUGUACUUCAAGGACAAGUAUAAGCCAAUUCCUAAUGCUUACAAUCUUGUGUUGGCUAUGUUGUGGCGUCAUCCAGAGAAUGUUGAGCUUGAGAAAGUUAAAGUGGUUCAUUAUUGUGCAGCUGGUUCAAAGCCUUGGAGGUACACUGGUGUGGAGAAGAAUAUGCAGAGAGAAGAUGUAAAGAUGUUGGUGAAGAAGUGGUGGGAGGUGUAUGAAGAUGAGAGUUUGAAUUACAAGGAAGCGAUUAAUGUGAAUCGCUUAACAUCAGCAAUUUUGGAAGCUGGUGGUAUCAACGUUGUCCGUGCGCCAAACGCUGCAUAAUUUCUCUGCUUUUGCUUUAUCAACCGGAAGAUCUUCUGGGACAUUUUGCUAGAGGAUCAAACCAUAAUUAAGUCUUAAUUUUAAAUAAUUACAAGUACUUUAAUAAAAAUUAGGAGUCCUUGUUUUUUUUACUUUAUUAAAUAAUGCUCAACUAGUGCCUCAGGGACACUAGUUAACAUUACCCUUAUUUUUAAGCUUUAUAGUCUUUUUUUUAGUAAUUUGGAGGAGAAUUGGAUCUUCUCCAAUUUUUUUUUUCUCUGUUUAAUUAUGUACCAUUAAAUUAAUCCAAUGAUUGACAAUAAA